AAAAAUAUCUUUGUAAACAGAAAGAGAAAGGCAGAGAGGAAAGACUUUACCGAGUCCUUACGCGUUGUUUGUGUUUGCGUCGGAAGGAAGAGAAGAUGAGUGAGAAUUUGAUGGAGAAAGUGAGCGCACUGGGAGAGCGCCUGAAAAUCGGAGGCGUGGAAGUGGGGAGAAAGAUGAGCGAGGGGAUGAGCUCCAUGAGUUUCAAGCUCAAGGAGUUCUUCCAGCCUGGGCCCAAUCAGGCCGACAAGCUUGUGGAGGACGCUACUUCCGAGGCCCUGGACGAGCCCGAAUGGGCCCUCAAUCUCGAUCUCUGCGACCUCGUCAACACCGACAAGCUCAACUGCGUCGAACUCGUCCGCGGAAUCAAGAAGCGGAUCAUUCUCAAGAGCCCUAGGGUUCAGUACCUCGCCCUUGUCCUCCUCGAAACCCUAGUCAAGAACUGCGAGAAGGCCUUCUCCGAGGUCGCCGCCGAGCGUGUCCUCGACGAGAUGGUCAAGCUCAUCGACGACCCCCAGACCGUCGUUAAUAACCGCAACAAGGCCCUCAUGAUGAUCGAAGCCUGGGGUGAGUCCACCGGCGAGUUGCGCUAUCUCCCUGUCUAUGAGGAAACUUACAAGAGUCUGAGAUCGAGGGGUAUUCGGUUCCCUGGCCGUGACAAUGAAAGCUUGGCUCCAAUUUUCACUCCUCCUCGUUCAGUGUCUUCUGCUCCGGAGGCUGAUGUCAACCUUCAACAGCAGUUUGAGCAUGAUAUUCCUGAGCAGUUUCAUCAUGAUGUUCCCGUGCUUAGUUUUACGCCUGAACAGACAAAGGAGGCCCUUGAUGUUGCAAGGAAUAGCAUUGAGCUUCUUUCCACUGUGUUGUCGUCUUCACCACAACAAGAUGCUUUACAGGAUGAUUUGACCACCACACUUGUGCAGCAGUGUCGUCGGUCACAGACUACUGUCCAGCGAAUUGUUGAAACGGCUGGGGAUAAUGAAGCAGUGCUUUUUGAGGCCUUGAAUGUUAACGAUGAGAUUCAGAAGGUCCUCACCAAAUACGAAGAGUUGAAGCAGCCUGCAACUACUCCACUUCAUCCUGAACCAGCUAUGAUACCUGUUGCUGUUGAACCAGACGAGUCACCCUAUCAUAGUAAAGAAGAUGCUUUGAUUCGAAAGCCAGCUGGAUCAAGGACUGGUGUCGAGGGAGGGAGCAAUGAUGACAUGAUGGAUGAUCUGGAUGAGAUGAUUUUUGGAAAGAAAGGUGGGGAAGCAUCAGAUGGGGGACACGAGACAAAGAAGCAGCCGUCAUCGAAAGAUGAUCUCAUCUCUUUCUAAGCCGCAAUAUAGUCUAUGCUGAAUAUAAAACAGAGUGCCUUUAAUUUCAUGCCACUACUUUUAUAUCUAGAUGUUGAUGUUGACUCUGAACUUUGUUCAGACUUCAGAUUGCUUGGUCCAUUAUUUUUUUGCACAUUGUGUGCAACUUAUGUUUGAAUUAUGGUAUAUAAGUUCUUGCAGGGUAUACAUGGGAACUUUAUGGAGAAUUUCGAUGAGGUUGUCUACUUAGAUUAUUCUUCGUU